AAAUUACUCUUUUCUCUUUUUAAACAAUAAACAAAAGAUUCCCCUCUUUAUCCAAGGUCAAUUAGUAUCCAAAUCCUCUAGAAACAGUUCCGUACAGAUUUUCUCUUCUCUAAUAAUAAAAUCUCUAAAUCUCUCUCUUUCUCGCUCGGCGCUCCCCGAUUCCAAACUCCUUGUACGCUACAGAUUCAGCGAUAUCCACUUUAGAUUCCAAUUUGCAAUAUUUUCUAAUUUGUCGGUAAAUUGGAUUUCCGCUGUACAAUUUGAUGGCUGCCAGCGCGAACCCUCCGGCGGGUAAUAAUAGUGGUCAAGAAGGCACCGGCAAUGGGAAUGGCGCCACCACUAAUGGUCUCUCCGUUCCGGAAAACUCUGUGGUUGGCCCCACACAGGCAGCUUUACGACACAAUCCAGGCCUUUCUGUUGAUUGGACUCCCGACGAACAGUCCCUCCUUGAAGAAUUGCUCGCCAAAUAUGCAACAGAAAGCAACAUAUCUAGGUAUGCAAAAAUUGCAAUGCAGUUAAAAGACAAGACUGUUCGAGAUGUAGCAUUGAGAUGUAGAUGGAUGUCUAAAAAGGAGAUUGGAAAGCGAAGAAAAGAUGAUCAUAACUCACGGAAAAAUAAAGACAAAAAGGAAAAAGUUACAGAUUCUAUGCCAAAAUCUUCUCAUGUGGCUAAUCGUGCAAAUGGUCCUCCCUAUGCUCAAUCGGUUAUGUCAAUGGACAGCGAUGACGGAAUUUCCUACAAAGCCAUUGGUGGUACCACUGGACAGCUUUUUGAGCAAAACGCUCAGGCCUUGGAUCAAAUAUCUGCAAAUUUUGCUGUUUUUAAGAUCCAAGAAAACAUUAACCUUUUCACUCAAGCUCGAAACAAUAUCUUCACCAUCUUAAAUGACUUGAACGAUAUGCCCGAAAUAAUGAAGCAGAUGCCACCCCUCCCUGUAAAGCUAAAUGAUGAGCUUGCCAGCUUAAUCCUUCCACCUCGACCACCAUUGCCUAAUAAAUCAUGAAAUCCAUGAGGAAGGGCUUACUGUAGAUGCUUCUAUGAGUUUACUGAAGUUGUGAUCCUGUUGAUUACUUGGAUAAAAAUAAUAAACUAGUCAAGGUUAUUCCUCUGGAAAUGUGCAUCAAGAUUAGCUCCUUUUGGCUUGUUAGGCCUCCAUUUGCUUGUCUUAGUUGAUUUUCGUUUUCUAUUAUCUAGUUUUGUGAUUUGCUGUUGAUUUACUUAAGUAGUUAGUUGGGCUAGCAUGUAUAUAGUUAGUGUAGGAAGGAUUCUUGUUUCUGUAAAUCAAUGGAUGCAAAUAAGUACAGAUCCUAUGCUUUUGCUGCAAACUUGCAAUACACCAAUGUUACGGACAA